AUUUGUUUGACAUUACACAUACCGGUGUUGUGUUCAAUUUUGCAUGGCAUGUGGUACCUAUAUCUUAUGAUAAAGCUAGAAAUAUAUAUUAAAUAAAUAGUAUUAAUUCAUUUAAAUUGAGGAGCCUUAUAGAAUUAUAAUGCCACCUAAAAAAGUAGAAGAACCUGAAAAGAAACCACUUAUUGGCCGUGUCGGAACAAAUUUAAAAGUGGGAAUAGUUGGUGUACCAAAUGUGGGAAAGUCAACAUUCUUUAAUGUUCUCACCAAGAGUCAAGCAGCUGCAGAAAAUUUCCCUUUCUGCACCAUAGAUCCUAAUGAAAGUCGUGUACCGGUCCCGGAUGAACGAUACGAUUAUCUUUGCCAGUACCAUAAACCUGCCAGUAAAGUGCCUGCGUUUUUGAACGUGGUGGACAUCGCGGGGUUGGUGCGAGGGGCGGCCGAAGGUCAAGGACUGGGAAAUGCCUUCCUGUCACAUAUCAAGGCCUGCGAUGCAAUCUUCAACUUAUGUCGUGCCUUCGAUGAUGAAGACGUGAUCCACGUGGACGGUGAUGUGAACCCCGUCAGGGAUUUGGAGACGAUUGGUGAAGAGUUGCGGUUGAAGGAUGAAGAGCAGCUGUUGCAGAAUAUUGAGAAGUUGGAUCGGGUGGUCGUCCGUGGUAAUGAUAAGAAACUCAAGCCGGAGUAUGACUCCCUGAUGAAGAUUAAGAGCAUUUUAGUUGAUGAGAAGAAGCAUAUUCGUUUCGGAGACUGGAGCUCAUUUGAUAUUGAAAUUUUAAAUAAAUACCUGUUCCUCACUUCGAAGCCAGCGCUUUAUCUUGUGAAUUUAUCGGAAAAGGACUAUAUUAGGAAGAAAAAUAAAUGGCUACCAAAACUAAAGGAAUGGAUCGAUAAGAACGACCCAGGUGCACCUUUGAUCCCCUUCUCUGGAGUCUUCGAGAGCAAACUACUGGACAUGGACCCAGAAGAGAGACAGGCCUUCUUGAAAGAACAGAAUGUUACUAGUGCGUUAGAUAAAAUUAUUGUCCAAGGGUACAAAGCCCUGCAAUUGGAGUACUUUUUCACGGCGGGAGCGGACGAAGUUAAGGCUUGGACUAUUCAGAAAGGCACCAAAGCCCCUCAGGCCGCGGGUCGCAUCCACACGGACUUCGAGAAAGGUUUCAUAAUGGCUGAAGUGAUGCACUUCAAGGACUUCAAGGAGGAAGGCUCCGAAGCCGCCUGCAAAGGGGCCGGCAAGUACCGGCAGCAAGGCCGUAACUACGUAGUAGAAGACGGCGACAUAAUUUUCUUUAAGUUCAACGCAGGCGCAGGUUUGAAGGACGCAAAGAAGAAAUGACGUGACAAAGUCCUCUUACUUCUAGUGCAUAUGCUAUACAUGAACCUCGCUCUUUACUCUUUGCUACACGUCGCUUGAUUUGACACAAUUGUAUAUCGUUAGUUAAGAAAUAUUAACUCUGUUUUCCUGUGAAUAUUAUUUACCUAAAUACAUGUAUCUUAAUAACGACUGAACCGAUUUUGAUAAAUGUUGAAUAGUAUAACAUACUGAUUUUUUUAAGUUUGGUUAAUUCUUUUGUAUGAUUUUUUAAUAUAAACACUUAGUCAUAAAGCGUUGUAGAGAAAUCCAUAAGUCCAAAUUGAAUAUGGCAUAGUAUAAACACAAACCACAAAAAUUAACCUCAUUCAUAAUAAAAACGUGUUAAAUAAAUUAAUACGCCAUUUUCAAUGUCAAAAAUGUUAGCAAUAUACAGAGUGUCUUAUAUAUCAAAGUCAAGCCGUAGUCAUAUAGGGCCUGUUAUUGUCUUCUUAAAAGGGCGGCAACGCACUCGCGAGCCCUCCUAAAUACGUGACAGAAUUUUUUUUUUCUGGGGUUAACUAGAACCUUUCCUUUCAUCCGAUUUCGGCUUGACGAUAACUUUAUCCUGUAUAAUGCGUAUAUUUUAGUUUUCUAAAUCGAAAUUGUUGUGUCGUGUAAAUGAAACCUUUGUAAAUUAUUAAAUAUCAUAAUUUCAGUGUGAUUUUGCUAAUCCUGUUGUUUCAUUCUCACAUAUUGUAACAAACAAUGUUAGAAUGAGAUAGCAUACUGGGUAUGUACCUUGGUACAUUUAAUAAAACUGUUAUAUUAUA